UAUUGUUAAGGUGAUAUUUUAUAUUUUUGAGGAACAUUAUUUGAAAAUAUUUAAAUUGAUUAAAUUUUAUUGGUGGAAAGUUAUUGGAAAGUUAUUGGAAAGUAUAUAAUAAAGUAAAAAAUAAAUUAAAUUAUAAAUAUUUAUUAAAUUUUUAAUCAGCGUGCAUAUUUUAAAAAAUUUUACUUUAAAAAACAAAGGGUACAAAAUUAUUUAAACGUGAAAGUACUUUUUUUUUUGUAACAUGAAAGUACUUUCAGAAAGAAAAAUCAUACGUGAAAGUAGUCGAGUUAUAAAGAACAACAGUGUAAAUGACAGAAACCUAAUCCCUACACAAAGUCAAAUAUAUAAUUUUAACAAAAUUUCAUUGGUUAAAAAGAUCAGCCCCACAAGCAUUAAAAACUCCAUUAAAGACCAUUAUAAGACAGGACAAGAGUUUCACUCCAAACUUCAAUUUUAAGUCUCAGUUCUAUCUUUUUGUAGUUUCAUCGAACAAGAUGAAGUCAAUCCUAUCCAGCACUUCUCUUGACUCGUCCUUCUCUGUCUCUAAACGUUACUUCAGUUGGAAGAAGAAGAAGGUUCAAGAACAAGACGAAGAGGAAGAAGAAGAUGAAGAAGAAGAAGAAGACGACCACCACGACAACAACGAAGAAAAGAUCCUGACCCGUUUCAACUUCUCCUCUGACCCGACCCGCCCGGAUCAUUUCGAUACUCGACAGAUCAUGAAAAAGAAGAAGAAGAAAAAGACUAUCGAGAAGAUCCGUUACGCGCUCGGGUUCUCUAAAUCGGGUCUGGGUUUCCGGGUCAUUGGUACCUUAUUCGGAAACCGUCGUGGACACGUGUAUUUCGCCGUACAAGAUGACCCGACCCGGUUACCCGUGGUUUUGAUCCAGUUACCGACUCCCACGAGCAUUCUCGUCAAGGAAAUGGCUUCGGGGCUCGUGAGGAUCGCUCUUGAAACGGCAGCGUCUAAGACUGGCUCCAAGAAGCUUUUGGAGGAGUCCACGUGGCGAACGUACUGUAACGGCAGAAAAUGCGGCUACGCGGCGAGGAAAGAGUGUGGAGAGGCGGAGUGGAGAGUGUUGAAGGCGGUGGGGCCUAUAACUAUGGGUGCCGGAGUUUUACCUGCGGUGGUGGAUGAGGGGAAUGAAGCGGUGGGGUCCGAGAAAGGUGAGCUCAUGUAUAUGAGAGCCCGGUUCGAGCGGGUUACCGGGUCAAGAGAUUCGGAGGCCUUUUACAUGAUGAAUCCUGAGGGGUCAAGUGGUGGGCCAGAGCUUAGUGUGUAUUUUCUAAGGGUUUAAACGGAAGAAAAAAACACAUAUUUAAGGUUAAUAUUUAACCAAGGAAUUUAAGAAUGUGUUUUGCUUUUGGGGGUUUUUGUUUCAUGAUGAAAUAUUAUUAAAAUAUGGAAAAUGUUAUUUUGUAGCAAUGUUUUAUGAAAUCCAUGUUUCUUUUAAGUA